AUGUUGAGGUCGCGGUCAUUCCGCGGCUCCGCGACGUCGCCGCAAGAUGACGCCGACGUGGACGACGUGUUCUUCGCGCCGCCGACGUCAAGCCAGCCGCUGAAGCAUCACCAUGACGAGGGCGACCAGUCGCGGUCGUUCCGCGGCUCCGCGACGUCGCCGCAAGAUGACGCCGACGUGGACGUCGUGUUAUUCGCACCGCCGACGUCGAGCCAGCCGCUGAUGCAUCACCAUGUUGAGGGUGACCAGGUCGACGGACCAAAGGGAGCCCGAUCACCGAUCGGAUCCAGCGGGGUGGAGUACCGGAGGCCCGAGAGAAGUGUCUCGUGGGGCGCGGGGGGCGCCAGAAUCCACACCCCGAUGCUGGAACCUCUCGCCGACAACUCGAAUAGGAGGCAGUUCGGCAUGGGGGUAGUCGGAAGAUUCUUCCGACGAUCGUUAAGAAAAUCGGUGACACACCAAGAAGACGUAGCGCGCCAACUCGACGAGCUGACUGACUACCGGCCUUACUUCACGUGGUGGGUCAGCACGGUGCAGACGUUGGUGCUGCUGCUGUCGCUACUAUGUUACGGCUUUGGACCAGUCGGGUUUGGCCGACACACGCAUUCUGGACAAGUCUUAGUGAAGAGUUUGAGUUUACAACAGGUGGAGUGGGAAGAGCCAGCGUCAUUCUGGCUAGGACCACGCGCUGCAGACCUUAUACACUUGGGGGCGAAGUUCGCGCCCUGCAUGAGAAGGGACGUUAGGAUAGCAAGAGCCAUAGCUGCUUCAGCGAGGAGAGAGAGAGACACAGCGUGCUGCAUACGAAACGAUGACUCGGGGUGCGUGCAGUCUUCGAAGGCUGACUGUUCGAAUACAAUAUCAACGUGGAAAAAGUGGUCUUCGGGGGAAUCCGGCCCUGGAGGUCGGAUAUCAGGGUCAGUUUGUGGAUUAGACCCCAAAUUUUGCGAAGCGCCCCGCUCGAUAGCGCCGCACGAGUGGCCGGACGACAUCACAAAAUGGCCGAUCUGCCGCAAGUCUGUGCUGGACGGCUCCGCGGCCGCGGGACGGGCCGGCCACGCCGCCGAGCACAUGGCCUGCGAGGUCAUCGGCCACCCGUGCUGCAUAGGGGUCCAUGGGCAGUGUGUCAUCACCACGAGGGAACACUGCGACUUCGUGAAGGGGUACUUUCAUGAAGAAGCGUCGUUGUGUUCACAGCUAUAUUUCUGUGUACGCUACGAAUCACUCAGACGUAGCACUGAGCACCUGGCCUGCUGCGAGGUCAACGGCCACCCGUGCUGCAUAGGGGUUCACGGGCAGUGUGUCAUUACCACGAGGGAACACUGCGACUUCGUGAAGGGGUACUUUCAUGAAGAAGCGUCGCUGUGUUCACAGGUUUCAUGCCUUGAUGACGUCUGCGGCAUGCUGCCCUUCAUGCGAAGACGUCGACCAGACCAGCUGUACCGUGCGUGGACUUCGUUGUUCGUGCACGCUGGUCUCUUACACCUGGCGGCCACGCUAGCCUUGCAGUGGCUGUUCAUGAGAGACCUGGAGAAAAUGGCCGGACCAGUCAGAAUAGCAAUAGUUUACUUAGGUAGCGGGGUGGCGGGGAACAUGGCGUCUGCCAUCUUUGAGCCUUAUAGGGCAGAGGUGGGGCCAGCAGGCUCACACUUCGGUCUUCUAGCGUGUCUAAUAGUGGAAGUAAUCGGCGCGUGGCCACUUCUAAAGCAUCCUAGGCGAGCACUCCUGAGGCUUAUCGGGAUCGCGAUCGCCCUGUUCCUACUGGGCCUCCUUCCAUGGAUAGACAAUUUCGCGCACGUAUUCGGGUUCGUCUUCGGAUUCCUACUGUCAUACGCGUUGCUCCCGUUUAUAACUUUCGGCCCGUACGACAGGAGGAGGAAGAUCGUGCUAGUGUGGGUGUGUAUGAUAUCGGCAGCGGGUAUGCUGUGUGCGUUAGUGGCGUUGUUUUACGCUGCUCCAGCGUACGAGUGUGCGGCGUGCGCGUAUUUUACGUGUUUGCCGCUGGCUCCGGAUAUGUGCGCGUCGCAGGAUGUGAGAGUGCGGCAGCUGGACGGGGUAUGACGGCGCGCGGCCCGGGCGCACCCGCCGCCGCAGCCGCCCCCCGCCCCGCGUCACCCGCGCCCCGACCACGACCGUCUACUCUCCGUGAUAGUCCUACUAUCGAAUGUGGAACAGAUCGUCUCUUGUCAUCCGCAGUCCCCAGUCGCAGCCGCCCGAGAGUGGCCUCAUUGCACGAUACGUGUCAAGAAACAAUCAAUUUCGUAAGUGGAACGUCAGAUCGUUUUUUGUUAUCUACAGUCUCCAGCAGCUACCGCCAAAGUGCGGGUUCCUUGAACGACAUGUCAAGAAACAAUAAAUUUUGAACGUGGAACAUUAUUAAAUCGUCUUUUGUCAACCGUAGUUACAAGUUAUAGACGCGUUUAAAAGCGGCUACUUUGCAUGAUAAAUGUCAAAUUUUCCAAAUAGCAUCGGGAUUCAGAGCUAAUCGUCUUUUGACAUA